AUGGCCAGCAACGUGCUAUCGCGCAUUCUGCAGCGUACGCGCGUUAGUACAUUCGAUCCAGCGAUCCAGCAAGUGUACCACACGCCCCUGGCACAUUCCGUGCGUGGCGACUGGGGUGGAAAGCGACCAUUGCCGUCGUCAUGGCAGGCCAUGGCAGAUGCGCCAGCGCCGAUGCCCUACGCGGGUGCAUUGCGGUAUCUGACGAUCCACGAUAUUGAUAAUAAACAUGGGAUGACUGACUGGAAUGAGUCGGAGCGUGAGCCGCUGUUCCGUAAGCGCUGGCACGAAGCAGGAGCGCGGCUCUCGGACAAGCCAUGGCGUGACGUGCUUGGUGUGAGCGUGAUGGGCGACGACGACGUGAACACGUCCUUGGGACCACAUCCACGCAUUGCAUACGACCCGGCGACGAUGUCAGAUACCAAGUCACUUCCAUCCAACGUCGUCUGGGGCACACAUCACGAGCGAUUUGCCGACACCGGCGACGUGCUGCCGAACUAUCAUGCCAUGGACGAGCGUACAUUCCAGCGCUUCCUCCAAAAUCUACGACGUCAGCGGACCAAAUUCCGCGCUGCUCUGAAGCAGCAGCGCAAUGAGGCAGCCAUCGCCUCACAAAUGGACCAGCUUGCGCAGGCUGCUGCCCAGCGAUCAGUUACACAGGCUGAGUGGGACGAGGCCGCGCAGCCGCCAAAGAAUGGUGUCGACGUCGACAUGUGGACGGAGGCGCGACUCCCACAUGCGCCGCAGAGUGCGGCUGACUACCUGAAGCAGAGUGCGCGCGAUCGUUAUGAUGCACCCAACAGCAGCACCAUCAUGUCGCCUGCGCACGCCAAGGCUGCACAUCCGUUGCGUGGAUUGCAGUACUCGCAGCCAGACAGUGUGUACUCGUUUGUGCUCAAUGAGCCUGUGCAUGGACGCGCGAUGCAUCGCGUUGAAGAUUCUCGACGGAACCGUUUCUUCAUGGGUUCCGACGCUGCGUUGGCCGUGGCAGUUGGCGGGCAUGUAGGCCACUUGCCAUUACAGCACCGACAUGGCCUAGACCCUAUCGAUUAUACACGCACGAGGCCGAAGCGUGGUGAGUCGUACUUCCGUGUCCUGCAUGCUUGGAUUGAUAUGGCACCGACUGUCGCUAAUGCGCGCCGUGCACCACCGCGCACCGACAGUGACCCGAUGCUUGGCGCCGUUCGCACGCAAGUCAUGGCACUUCGUCGGCCUGGCGAGCAUGGGAGUGUGUAUGAAGCACCACCCACGCCGGGCUCGCCACGCUGGAUUGACGAUCCAGACGCAGUGCCCUCGUCCUUGGGCGGUUCGCUUCGUGGCGCAUCGAGCCCGGAGGCAGGCUCACUUUUCGGUUCACUCGCUCGCCAUGGUCGGUCAGCGCAGAUGCCCCGGCAAGGCACAAAACGCCAGCGCAUGCAGAAGCGACAACGCGAGGCCCCCAGCAAUGUGCAACGCGAUAUCCAAAUGUUGAACAACAUCAAAAACCUACUUUCUCCGCAGUAG